UUCACAGACUUCUCAUCUCCAGGAACCAUGUCUACCAAAUCCACCAUCAGGAGUCAAACCAGCCACCGAGGCUUCAGUGCCGGCUCAGCCAGAGUCCCUGGGUUCAACCGCUCUGGUUUCAGCAGUGUGUCUGUGUGCCGCUCCCGAGGCAGUGGUGGCUCUGGGGCCAUGUGUGGAGGAGCUGGCUUUGGCAGCAGGAGCCUCUAUGGUGUGGGGAGCUCCAAGAGGAUCUCCAUCGGAGGAGGCAGCUGUGGCGUUGGGGGAGGCUAUGGUAGCCGAAUUGGAGGAGGCUUUGGUUUUGGAGGAGGAGUCGGCAGUGGCUUUGGAUUUGGUGGUGGAGCUGGAUUUGGUGGUGGCUAUGGGGGAGCUGGAUUCCCUGUGUGUCCCCCUGGCGGUAUCCAAGAGGUCACCAUCAACCAGAGCCUCCUCACCCCUCUGAACCUGCAAAUCGACCCCACCAUCCAGAGGGUGAGGACUGAGGAGCGUGAGCAGAUCAAGACCCUCAACAACAAGUUUGCCUCCUUCAUCGACAAGGUGAGGUUCCUGGAGCAACAGAACAAGGUCCUGGACACCAAGUGGACCCUGCUGCAGGAGCAGGGCACCAAGACUGUGAGGCAGAACCUGGAGCCAUUGUUUGAGCAGUACAUCAGCAACCUCAGGAGGCAGCUGGACAGCAUCAUUGGGGACAGGGGCCGCCUGGACUCAGAGCUGAGGAGCAUGCAGGAUACAGUAGAGGACUACAAGAACAAUGUGGUCCUCUCCAUGGACAACAACCGUAGCCUGGACCUGGACAGCAUCAUUGCUGAGGUCAAGGCCCAAUACGAGGAGAUUGCUCAGAGGAGCCGGGCAGAGGCUGAGUCUUGGUACCAGACAAAAUACGAGGAGCUACAGGUCACAGCCGGCAGACAUGGGGAUGACCUGCGCAAUACCAAGCAGGAGAUUGCUGAGAUCAACCGCAUGAUCCAGAGGCUGAGAUCUGAAAUCGACCACGUCAAGAAGCAGUGUGCCAACCUGCAGGCUGCCAUUGCUGAGGCUGAACAGCGUGGGGAGAUGGCCCUCAAGGAUGCCAGGGGCAAGCUUGAAGGGCUGGAGGAUGCCCUGCAGAAGGCCAAACAGGACAUGGCCAGGCUGUUGAAGGAGUACCAGGAGCUCAUGAAUGUCAAGCUGGCCCUUGAUGUGGAGAUCGCCACCUACAGGAAGCUGCUGGAAGGAGAGGAGUGCAGGCUGAAUGGUGAAGGCGUUGGACCAGUCAACAUCUCUGUGGUGCAGUCCACCAUGUCCAGCGGCUAUGGCAGCGCAGGUGGUGCCAGCAGCAGCCUGGGCCUGGGAGGAGGCAGCAGCUACUCCUACGGCAGCAGCCAUGGCCUGGGAGGUGGCUUCAGUUCUGGCAGUGGCAGAGGCAUCAGCGGUGGCUUCAGCUCCUCUGGUGGCAGCUCCUCCACCAUCAAGUACAGCAGCACCUCCUCCAGCAGGAAGAGCUACAGGCACUGAAGUCCCUGCCCCCAGAGCUGGUCCCUGACCCCAGACCCCUGGCUGCAGAGCCCUGUGCUCAGGGGCUGGCCCUGCUGGCCUCCCACCUCUGCUCUCUGGUUAGGGCUGGGGAGCUGAGUCCUUGUUCCUCCUCUGUCUGUCCCCGCUGGGUCCCCAUGACUCAUCUUCUGAUUGUCAUCCUCUGACUUCACAUCAUAGUUCACUCACAUUUGGUGCUUCAAGUUGUAUUUAGGUUUCCAGGCUCCUGCCUCCCUGGCUCUGUCUCUGAUGCUGCUUGUGAAAUGGUGUCCUUGUCCCUUUCAUCCAUUCUGGAAACCAUUGUCUGGGUCCUACUCAAGAAAACCGGAGCUUUCCUUAAGUUUCCAGUGGCCUGAGAAAAGCCCAGCUUCAAUGUCACUAAGCUCUCUGGCAGUACCUGUGAUAGCCUAAGUCAACAGUCCUGUGAUGUAUGGAGUCCGUGCUCAUGUGACCUCUCCUCUGCUCUUUGCUUUCUUGAAAUUGCUAAAUAAAGCAGGUUUA